AUGGACGGCAGCGUCAGCGGGCCUUCAGCCGGCGGCGCCGUCGUGGCAGCGGCGCGACACAACGCGACGGCGGCCGCCGCCGGGGGCGGGCCGGGCGCGGCCGCGGCGGCCGGGGGCGGCGGGGGCGGGCCGCCUAACGCCUCUUCGGCCGUGAUGGCCGCGGCCGCCGGGCCCUGGCCCAUGCUGCCCGACGACCUCGUGUACCGGCACUCGGCCGCCAUGACGGCCGUCUACUGCGCCGCCUACUCGCUCGUCUUCCUGCUCGGGCUCGUCGGCAACUGCUGCGUCAUCGCGGUCGUGUGGCGGUCGCCGCGCAUGCGCACCGUCACCAACCUCUUCAUCGCCAACCUGGCCGCUGCCGACCUGCUCGUCGUCGUCGUCUGCCUUCCCGCCACGCUCGUCUCCAACAUCUUCGUGCGCAUGCACAGCCACAACCGAAAAUUCUCGUGGGUCAGUGUAGCUAGAAAAGAUCGGCGCUAG